AUGAUCAAAUGUGGUCAGCUACAACGACGUGUUGGUUUACGCGAGAAGAUGAAGUCAAUGGUGACGGGACGUUGGUUGGACUGGGAUCCUACAGAUUGUUUUCUACUCUUCAAACGAGAUCCACAACCGUUCUCGUUUGAUCAAAUGUAUCCAUUCGCGGAUGAUGUGAAAAUAGCAGAACCUGGAUCGAAAUCGUUCAGUACGGCCCAUUUAAAACUUGAAACUGGCACAACG